AUGACGGACAGCAAGACCGCUACCGCUACCGACACUGCAGUGGUCGACAGCCCUGCGGCGUCGUCAAUCGCCGUCAACGAAUUUCAUGACGGCACUGCCGCAGGCAAAAAGGCCUUUCUUGCCUCAUUCACCGCCGAAGAGGAUAAAGCCAUCAGGCGCAAAGUUGAUCGGAAGUUUCUUCUCCUCAUCGGUAUUAUAUACCUCUUCAAAAAUGUCGACUACACCAACGCGGCUAGUGUAAAGGUUCUUCAGGUCGGCGAACCGAGCAAUGUCUUGAAUGAGCUCAAGAUGUCGGCAAACCAGUACAACUGGGUUCAGUCCAUUUACUUCAUCUCUUACAUUAUUUUCGAGGUUCCGAGCAAUCUGCUUCUGAAGAGAACGAGUCCGCGUAAUUGGCAGACUCGUAUCAUCGUAUCCUGGGGAACUGUCCUGGCUUGUCACGCUGCCGUCAAGAACAAAGAGGGUCUCUACACCGCACGCUUCUUCCUCGGGAUGAUGGAAGCUGGUAUGUUUCCUGGUCUCGCCGUGCAGCUGUGCUCUUGGUACCGAGCGGAUGAGAUCCAGAAGCCAUUCAUGUGGAUGUUUGCGAUUCAAAACACGUCCGGAAUUGUUGGGUCCUUGAUUGCGUACGGAGUAUCUUACAUGAAUGGGCUUGGUGGCCUUAGCGCGUGGAGAUGGGUGUAUUUGCUAGAGGGCAUCGCAACUAUUCUCUUCGGUGCCGUGGUGUGGGCAGUCCUUCCGGAUUAUCCAAAGUCGCCGCGAUCAAACAGCUGGCUCACACCGCGAGAGCAAGAGUAUCUGGAGGCGCGGCUGACGGACAAUGCGCCCAAGACACACGAACCGUCGUUCGAAAAGACGGAAGUUAAGGCGGCGCUGAAGGAUUGGCGGACGUACUCAUUCAUGGCAAUCCAUUUCACGACCAACAUGGCUGGGUAUGCGCUGUCAUGGCAGCUUCCUACCAUCACCACGGCUCUUGGAUACGCCGGCCUUCCACGGAACCAGCUGCUGAACAUCCCUUCGGCGGCAGGAUCGGUGCUUUGCAUCAUCUUUGCCGGAUGGUUUCUCCGCCAGGCGUACCUCACUCGACCUAUGUUCAUCAUGAUCAUCAACGUCAUUGUUCUGGUCUUCUUCGGUGUUUUGGCGGGCGUGUCGAACAAGGCAGCCAUCUAUUCGGCCAUCGUCGUCGGCGACUCGAUUAGAGCGGCAUUUUUCAUCCCGUUUUUCACAUGGCGGUCAUCGACGCUCAGUGGAGCAACAGGCGCGGCUUUUGGCUUAGCCUUUCAGAACAGUAUAGGCCAGGUAGGAGGAGUCGUGGGGCCGCAGUUGUUCCAAGAAAAGUACGCCUACAACGGGUACAAGGUCCCCUUCGCCAUCUGUGCGGCGUCAUGUGGAGCGACGUGCCUGGCGAUUGCGUGGAGCUGGUGGUUGACAAAGGAUCUUGAGCACGACAUCCGCAGAAUCAGGCGGCUGAGACUGAAGGCGGCUAAGCAUGGUGAGGUCUACGCUGAGGACGACGUCGACAUGAGUGGACAGCGCAAAUUUUUCAACGGGUUUCGAAAGACGGGCGAAGUGUGA